CUGACUUUCGCUUCACUGCGACGCUGGUGCUCAAUCCCCUUCAGUCCUUCCUUCUGCCGGUAUACGCAAUGGUUGCUGCUGGGUCGCUUGUUCUUUCCUCGUCCUGUUUCUGCAUUCUGGAAGCAAAUUUGUGUCGAUCAGGCCGAGUGCCUUGCCUGUGUGCUUGCAAUGUUCGGCGGGUGCUCUUAGCUGAGGCUUCUGAGUGGUGUAUCGAGGUGUAUCAUGACAUGAUUUCCGGCCUGUUCUCAGCUGCAGCAUUUCAUCUUCCCUCCAUCCUGCACGGAACAACAUCGUCAUUGACAGAUCGAUCGUUUCGUCGGAAACUCAUCAGCAGGAAAGCGUCUAGGCUCCUCGAAGAAAGGACACGGACGAACUAGAGAAGUGAAGAGGGAAGCAAGCAAUCAUGGAUCAAAUUACUCACAGAACGAUAGAAGUGAAUGGCAUUCACAUGCACAUUGCCGAGCAAGGGACAGGGCCACUGGUUCUGCUACUCCACGGAUUCCCUUGCCUCUGGUACACUUGGAGGCAUCAAAUCCCUGCCAUUGCAAGCGCAGGCUAUCAUGUGGUUGCACCCGACAUGAGAGGAUAUGGGCAGACGGAAGCACCGGCUGACCCCGCCAAGUACACCGCGUUGCACAUAGCCGGAGAUGUGGUUGCUUUGAUCGAGGCCCUGGGAGAGAAACAAGUGUACCUUGUGGGUCAUGACUGGGGAGCAGUGUCGGGAUGGUACACUACUCUGUUCCGACCUGAUCUCAUCAAGUGCGUUGUAGAUCUGUCUGCCACAUUCUCCUUCGUUUAUCGGCAUCCCAAGCACAGCAUCCUGGAUAUGGUGCUUGCUCAAGGUGGUGACAAAGUGUACCUCGUUCAGUGGCAAGAGCCUGGAAAGGCUGAAGCGGAUCUGGGCAAGAAUAUCAAAUUAUGGUAUGAGAAACUUUACACGUACAGGAGCCCCCAACUGCUCAUGGCUAAUGCUGAAGGCUCUGUUGUGGACAACAUGCAAGCUCCGGAUGCCAUGCCCUCUUGGAUCAGCGAGAAAGAUAUUCAGUAUUAUGUGGAUAGCUUCUCAAAGACGGGUUUCACUCCAGCCUUGAACUAUUACAGAAACAUGAACCGAACUUGGGAGCUCUGUGCUCCAUGGGCUGGAAAAGGAGUAUCUGUGCCUGCACUUGUGAUAAUCGGUGACGAGGAUUUGACCAUCGGCUCUGCGAAACCCUACUUGGAGAGCCCUUUAUUCAAGGCCCACAUUCCUAACGGAGAAUACAAAAUUUUACCAGGAGUUGGACAUUUUCUCCAGGAAGAAGCUAGCCAGACAAUCAAUGAGAGCAUUAUCCAAUAUCUGAAGAAGUUCUAGAGACGUAUCAAAUGUGCUCUGAACCCCGCUGAAACCGAAGUAGGUACAGAGGGGUUCUGUCAAAACAUUAAUAAAAAAGAUGCGUGAUUUC